GAAAUCCCCCUCGUCGUCACCUCUGGCUUGACGUCACCCCCUCGCCAUCUCCCCCCAUCGCGACGACGAUGUUGCCCGUCGUGCAAGAUUGAAGCCAGCAGGUGGAUCGUUCUCGUCGCGCGUGAGAGGAGCUAACGAAGACGCCACCGCUCCGCCCCGACCGCCACCAUGUCUGGCGCCUUCGACGAGUCGGCCAGCCUGGAGGAGAACACCGACAGUUUCUGGGAGGUGGGGAACUACAAGCGCACUGUGAAGCGGAUCGACGACGGUCAUAGGCUCUGCAAUGACCUCAUGAAUUGCAUCCAGGAGCGAGCUAAAAUCGAGAAGUCCUACUCCCACCAGCUUACCGAGUGGUCGAGGAGAUGGAGGCAGCUGGUUGACAAAGGUCCUCAGUACGGCACCGUAGAACGUGCUUGGAUGUCCCUGAUGACAGAAGCGGAGAAGGUGAGUGAUCUUCACCACGAGGUGAAGAACAACCUGAUGAGCGAAGACUUUGAGAAGGUGAAGAACUGGCAGAAAGACUCGUACCACAAACAGAUGAUGGGAGGCUUCAAGGAAACCAAAGAGGCGGAUGAAGGGUUCAAGAAGGCCCAGAAGCCCUGGGCUAAAAAGUUGAAGGAGCUCGAGGCCGCCAAGAAGGCGUACCACAUGGCCUGCAAAGAGGAGAAGCUGGCAUCUACCAGGGAGGCCAACGGCAAAUGCGACGCCUCUGUGACCGCUGACCAUCUGAAAAAACUUCACGAGAAAGUGGACAAGUGCAAACUGGAUUCGGAGAAGUUCAAGGACAAGUACGAAAAAGCUUUGGAUGAGCUAAACAAGUGCACACCUCUGUACAUUGAGAACAUGGAGCAGGUCUUCGACCAGAGUCAGCAGUUUGAAGAGAAGAGGUUGAGCUUCCUCAGGGAGGUGCUCCUGGACGUCAAACGCCACCUCAACCUCACGGAGAACCAAAGUUACGCGUCAGUGUACCAGGAACUUGAACAUGCCAUCACGUCAGCCAGCACUCAAGAAGAUCUGCAGUGGUUCAACAGCAACCAUGGCCCCGGCAUGCACAUGAACUGGCCGCAGUUUGAGGAGUACAACCCGGACCUCACCCACAGCAUCACUAAGAAGGACAAGGCAAAGAAAGGCGAUUCCAUCAUGCUGACCCACGUCACGGCAACAGCUGACAGGGCCCAGGCUGGAGAUCACGGCAGCGUGAGCAGCUACGAGAAGAACCAGGCUCACACGGCCUCCAACGAGUGGUCAGACGAGGAACAGACGCGCCCCAAUUCGGCCAGCGACACCAACGGCGGUUCCAAUCCCUUCGACGAGGUGGCCGGCGGCGGCGUGAGAGUCCGGGCGCUGUACGAUUACGAGGGCCAGGAGCAGGACGAGCUCAGUUUCCGAGCAGGCGACGAGCUGACGAAGUUGGAGGACGAGGACGAGCAGGGCUGGUGCAAAGGUCGCCUGGACAGCGGUCAGUUGGGUCUCUACCCGGCCAAUUAUGUGGAGCCGAUCUAACCCUCUCACCGCCGAGAACGCCGGGACAAACUCUGAACUGGACUCAACAACCCAGGCCUGGAUGCACAUUGACCACCUUUUUCAGUCUUUUUCGAGCACCCAAACUUUCCUUUAACCAUUCAGGACCAUGUGACGCUUAAUUGCUGCGUUUUUAUGACACAGUCUUCAAAGCGGUGCCUGGAUAAGCAAGAAUGAGCUAUGCAUUGUGCAUUCCAUGUAUGUAUUUACGUAACUGUUUUUUUUUACCACCUGGAUGCUUGUACAGGGUUCGCGCCUCAUGCGUUUUCUGUCAUUGUGAGUAUUUGACAUAUUUAGCCUUAACGGAAUAGUCCAGGGUGAGAGCUCACAUGCCACGGACAGGCUAUGUUAGCGUUUGCGCUCACAUUCACAAUGGACCUUUGCGACUGGCGAUCUUGAGCUCCGCCCCCUUGGCUACGUUUGCCGUGUCCCACAAGCUUCCAAAAAUGGCGACUAAAUAGAACAGUUUGAAGUCGAUGCUCUCACGCGUAUUCCAGAUAAUAUUGCGGUAUGUUUUUUGCCAAAUGUGUCAGACUUGUCCAAGAGAGUUCUAUUUCGCGAUCGAUGCAAAAAAAAAAAGUUUGACGACUCACAAACUUCAUAUUGAAAUCCAACAGGAUAAAAUAGUGGAAUCGUACUGCGCAUGUAAAGCAGGGUGAGUACUUUUUUCUUGGAAAGAUCACGAGUAAUAUCAUGGCAGACUUUAUAAGUGAGCGGCGUAUUAAUUUGACUUGGCUCGUUAUGGAAGCCAGUGCUCUGUCAUAAAAGUCUGAUGUGAUACAAAUGGGCAAAUACACAUUUCUCUCGCAUGACAUGGCGCAUUUACGCAUCACUAACCCGACUCUAAAACAUGACACACUUCUUUCAGCAGGUCAGUGAUACACUUACAAAGUGAAAGUUGUUCUCCUGCAAUGUAUAAAGCACUGAUAAUAAUUCAAUCAAACAUAGAGAAGAUACUUCUCCCUCACUUACCUUCGAACAUACAGCCUUGUGUUUGUUGAUAUUUUUCACAUUUAGUUGUAUGUGCGCUCUUCCGCGAGCCUUAAUCCGUCGUAGACACUUCGUAAACUGUGUUUUAGGCUUUGGAAAAUGAAUCAACCCGGCCCCGGGAUAUCUUUUAUCAGAAUCGCACGUUCCCCAAGCGCAUUUUCUUUGUAACAUUCACUUUUCCAAGCGCCUGCUACUGACAACCAGCAUUGCUUGUGGGACAACAUGGCGGCAGGGGCGCGUCAAGCCAGGUGGGAAGACAAUGCGGCUAUCUGAUUGGCUCUUGUCGUACGAGGGAUUGACAGGUCGGAAUGGUCCAUCGUGUUCAAUUUAUGACUUCACUGAACCUCAUGUGCAUGUCUUUUUAAAAUGUGGGAGGAAACCAAGGCCAAGGUUCAAAUCCAGAAACUCCAACCGGUGAGGCAGACAUGCCAACCAUUGGGACACCGUGCUGACCAGCUGUCUACAUCCGAUCAGCAAAAAAAAAACAUUUUUACACUUCCGUCUACUGAAAUGUCAGACCUGCUCGCAGUUAAAGUGUUUUUUGCGCUCAAAUAAGAUAAGCUGACCGAUUGUAAGAGAACAUUUAGGUGAAAUUUGACGGACAAUAAACCUUUUGUAAAAUGAGCAAUGUUCGUAUUGCUAACACGUAGCCACUUGGUGUCACAACACGAUGGAGUUGCUGCUCCUUUGCCAGUUUUCCAUCUUAGUGCUAAAUUGAUCAGGUCCUAGAUUUAGUUGAUAUUUUUGGGAUCAUGGCAGUUGCGGGAAAAGGUAUUUGUAUUUUCUCAUUUCAACGUUUAACACCAAAUGCGUUCACUUGUGCCGGACCACGUUUCCCAUCUUUGUGCUAAGCUAAGCUAUUCAGAAACUAGAAAAAAAAAUUUGUUCUCAGGAGACAAAAGUACCCACAAAUCAGAUUAUUACUCGCGCACCUCUGCUACACAAGACAAUAAGACACACACAACAAUAACGGCAUAAAGGUUUUUAUUUCUUUGAACAUUUCGGGCCUGAUCCGUUAAGUUUUGUUUUAUUUUUGUGUACGUUACGUUUGCAAUUGUAAUGUGUAGCCACCUAGCAUGCUAAUGUAAGGGCAAGGGCGGGAACGCAGAAGCAGAAAAUAUUUUAAAGGCUAUUUAGUCACAUUUAAUGAGGGUUGCGAAAUUAUAUCGAGCAGGUCGGCGGUUUAUUGUCACAAAUGGCAGACUAUUCCUUUAUCGCUUUGACGGUUUUUUUUUUUUUUCUUGUGCUUUUUUGGGGAGUAGCUAAAGAGGCAAUUUGUUUACGUUUUUCUUUGGAAUGAAAUGCAGGCUGAAAGGGACGGUUUAGCUGAACAGCACGUCUUCAUCUUUCGUUUUUCCCAAACUUCGGUGUGGGGGGA